UCCCCUCGCAUCCACUGCACUUUCACGUAAAAUGCACUGAAAACCGGCCUGACAUUGUUGAGUUUUUUUGGUCGUCGCUGCUACACCUGUCCACCAUCCUUUGAUUUUUCUCUUCUUUUUAAAAAGAAUUCGUUUCCUCCAUCCUCUCCAGCAAAAACACCCCGUCCGUCAUCCUGACCUGUGGCCAAAAGAAAAUAGGUGCAGAUUUAUGCUGAUGUAGUGAUGUCUGGAAAUGUCAAGGGCUCGGUUAUUGCGCUCUAAUGUAUCUCCCCCUCCGAACUGCAGCGCGAGGUUCUCUCCUGCGGUACAGACUGCGAGCAGCUCUCAGCGCCGCGCACCUCGGACUCCGCAGCUGAGCACUUCUCUCUGCUACCUACUCUUCUCACUGGACCGCUCAGCUUUUCGUGAUUUUUUUAAAUGCAUUUCACAAGGUUACCACUGCACUGAGGCUGAAGGCUGAUUUUUGAUAGGAGCCACGCAAAGUUUCCACCUGACACCGCACCGGUGUUGUUGGAUGAUUCCACUUGAGCCAAGACGUCUCAAGACCGAGCCACGAAGCAGCAGAGGCAGCAGCAGCAAAUGCUGCAGAAGCGCUGGAGAACAGCAAUGGUCAAGUCAGCGAGAGCCGCAGUGGAGCCGCACUGAGGCAAAGCAGCCAACCGCCCCCCUGGCAUCUGGGGACGCCUCCAACAGUCUAAGGGCUGUGGGAUGCUGAGGAGUUGAAAUUUUUUUCUCUCAUCCUGAAUGCCUGACCAGUCAGCCUAACCAACACCCCAACACAUUUCCCGUUCCUCCUCCUCCUUUAUCACCUGCUCCUGCUCUUCCCACAAAAUGACCGUAGUAGCGGGGGAUAACAUGGAUGACACCUCAGCCGUCCCGGGCCACCCUCAAGACACCUACCCCCCAGAUCACAAUGACCACGAGUGCUGCGAGAGAGUGGUCAUCAACAUUGCUGGCCUCCGGUUUGAGACUCAGUUAAAAACUCUCUCCCAGUUCCCAGAAACAUUGUUGGGCAACCCCAAAAAGAGAAUGCGGUACUUUGACCCCCUGAGGAACGAAUAUUUCUUCGACCGAAACCGCCCCAGCUUUGAUGCCAUCCUGUAUUACUACCAGUCGGGAGGGCGUCUGCGAAGGCCAGUGAAUGUACCCCUGGACAUGUUCUCAGAAGAGAUCAAAUUUUACGAGCUGGGAGUGGAUGCGAUGGAGAGGUUCAGAGAGGACGAGGGUUUCAUCCGGGAGGAAGAGAGGCCUUUACCUGAGAAGGAGUUUCAGCGUCAGAUGUGGCUCCUCUUUGAGCACCCAGAAAGCUCAAACACUGCAAGAGGGAUUGCCAUUGUGUCUGUGAUGGUGAUCCUGAUAUCUAUAGUCAUUUUUUGUUUGGAGACUUUGCCACAGCUGAAAGUUGACUCCACAGGUCAUUUCUAUUCGGUGGGGAACUCUACUUUUUAUUACAAGCCAAACAUCUUCACUGAUCCCUUCUUCGUCAUUGAGACUCUCUGUAUAAUUUGGUUUUCUUUUGAGUUGAUAGUUCGCUUUCUGGCAUGCCCCAGCAAACCAGCCUUCUUCAAGAACAUGAUGAAUACGAUUGACAUUGUGGCUAUAAUACCUUAUUUCAUCACACUCGGAACCGAGCUGGCAGAAGACCCAAACAAAGAGGCAGUGGGGGAGCAAGCGACAUCUCUGGCCAUCCUCAGGGUUAUCCGUCUGGUCAGGGUGUUUCGGAUCUUCAAGCUGUCUCGACACUCCAAAGGACUUCAAAUUCUGGGCCAGACCCUCAAGGCCAGCAUGCGAGAGCUGGGAUUGCUGAUCUUCUUUCUGUUCAUUGGAGUCAUCUUGUUCUCUAGUGCUGUCUACUUUGCUGAGGUGGAAGAUGGAGGAUCCUUUGUCAGCAUUCCGGAUGCGUUCUGGUGGGCUGUUGUAUCCAUGACAACUGUGGGCUAUGGGGACAUGGUACCGGUCACUAUAGGGGGCAAGAUUGUGGGAUCUCUGUGCGCCAUUGCUGGAGUGUUGACAAUUGCACUUCCAGUGCCUGUAAUUGUGUCCAAUUUCAACUACUUCUACCACAGGGAGACCGAAGGGGAGGAGCAAGCCCAGCUGCUCAAUGUUAGCACUCCCAACAUCCCCUCCGAAAGCGACUUGAGCCGCCGUAGCUCAUCUGUUGUCAGCAAGUCAGAGUACAUGGAGAUCGAUGGAGACAUCAACAAUAGCAUCGACAACUUUAGGGAGGCAAACCUUAGAACUGGAAAUUGCACUAUAGCUACUCAGAACUGUGUAAAUAAAAGCAAACUGCUAACAGAUGUUUAGACUUGAGGCCAGAAACUUUUACAUGAGGUGAACCAUCAGUUAGUAAUGCUUGAUUUACUCCUCCAAAGCACUCUUAAGCACUAAGCCUCCAACCAUGCUCAGCUAUACUUGAAAGGAAGCUGAAAAAAUUGCUUCUGAAGUACAUGCCAUGUAGAAAGAACAACUUAUUCUACCAAUCCUAGAAAUUUAUAGUCAUUUCUAAAAGAAAACAUUGAUCAUAACAGAUAUACACGGCUCCCUAGAGGACACUGAGUGCAUCUAGUCUUAUCAGAGACAGGCGUAAUAAUUAAAAUCUUAUGCAUGGAGUACAGAUAACAUUUCAGCAAGUUGCACAAUGCACCAGAAACGACUACACACGCAAUCCUCAGCAACCACGGUUAACCGCCAAGAAGUCCGAUGACCUCCCGCCAUCCUUCACCCUCUCCUCUCUCCCCACCCCCAUAAACGAUCAGCCACUCAGCAAAGCACCUUACAGGAGGAAGACUGAUCCUUCUUCUUUGGAUGUAAACAGAUGGUGGUCUGCUUGCUUCACAGACAUCUACACUGCUGUUGCAGCUGCUGUAACUGUGUUAUCACCAAGUGAUUCAAUGCCAUGCCCUUUAGAUGCAAUGCAGCGCCACGACAAAAAGCGAGCUUCACACGAGCAUGAUUUAGAGACUUUCCAUUUUGAUAUUGGCAUGCACAAGUCAUGUGUCACACACCAAAAAAAAGGAAGGAUGUUGUUUUGGAUGUCUGUCUUCAUUCCCCCUGGCACAUAUGUUUACAUUUUGAGUGCACUGGACGAGGUUUUAAUUUGAAAACGCAAAUCAUUUAGAAGUAUAAGAAAUGAAUGUAAAAUUUUAAGGGAAACAAUACAUAAAUGAGAUCAUAGCAUGAAAAAAAGUUACCUGCAUUAUGGCCUUUCAGCUAAGGUACUUUUGUAUCCUGGUAUAUUAAAUGCAUGACAUGAGUAUACAGCCUGUUGCAAUUCAAGCACUUUGCAGUGCCCUAACAUCAGGGAAACUGAGGAAAUCAAAAGUCUUUCUGAAUUGUUAUCAAAUAUAUCGAAAGCCACCUUGAGGAUGCAGAGUUUCUAAUUUAAAAGUAGACAAAAUGCUGACUAAGUAAUUUCAGAAAUGCAUAAUAUAACCACGGUAAGCAUCAGUUAUUGUAUUAGUCAAUAGUUCAGUGCAUGGACCUUUUUUGAACAAGAUGUUAUGCCAUCUCCACCUCUCAGUUUAGUACAAGUUGGUUUAAAAUCCAGAGAAAAUUUUGAAUUCAUACUUUAGAUUUUUUUGUGUGACAUCAGUUGCGAGUGCCUUUAUCCCUUCCACCAACAGGACCAGUGAAAGUGCCUCAGAGUACUCAGUCGAGUGAAGUGGAUUUGUUUCAGAGAGUGACGCCAGACUAGUUAGGCUCAAAUAGUGAUGGGACGGACGGUUGAGAAUAAAGAUCCAUGCUGCCAUGUAAAACCCGCAUUUCAUGUCAUGCACUUAAACAUCACUCUGCAUGUUUGACAAUUUAACUCGAAAUGUUUUCCUCCAUGCCUUUAAUUUGCACCAUCCUUUUCCAUGUCUCUACCUCAGCUAGAUCAUUGCAAACUUGCUGCAGAGCUGCAAGCUUCGAAGCAGGGCUUCCUAUAAUGCAAAAUAGAACCAUAAGUGUUAAUUGCAGUCAUGCAAUUCUGAAUGUGAAAGUCCCAAAGCAUAGCCUUUACACAAGCACUUAUAUGUACAACAAGUAGCUCAUUUGCAAACCUGCUCUUUUGCUCACUUAAAGCUGCGCACAAUCAGGACAUUAACUUGAAAACAGUUUGCAGAGAUGACUUGACUUUUCCCAUACUGUUGCAAGUCAAACGUUCUUCAGAACGGUGCUACGUCCAGUUUAGAGGGGUGUACACCUGAAUGCUUUUAAAACAUUUGUGUAGAAUCCAUAGGAGAAAAAUAACUUAGCUAGUAAAUACAAUAUAUUGCACUUUUUGGGCAUUAUCAUGUACAAAUAAAUUGUACCUCGUCCUUGUUUUUUUUGCACAAAGGAUUCAUUCAAAUGCUUGAAAUGCUUUUCUUGGUUGCAAGAUUUUUUUUUCUGCAGUGCCUGCUUAUUUUUCACGUGCAGAUGGGAGGAGAAGUGCUGAUAGAUUGGGACAAAAUGUAAUGACUACUUGAAAAUCUUCUGCCACUGUACAUCUGCACUCCUUACUGGAAUGAGUUUAUCCGAAUGAUAGUAUGAGUUGUACUGUUCGGGCUUUUUAGUGCUUUCCUGAAAAAAACCCUGCAAGACAUAUAUCUGAAAAGAGCUUCAAUGCAGGGAGCCUCCGAGUUUCUCAGCUGCUUCUGUUGGUGCAGUGGCCAUCUUUUGUGGUGCUAGAACAGGAGCACUCUGUUGUCCUGUUACCCGACACAUCAUCAGAAGCUGAAGUUUUCAAAUGAUUUUUUUGGCUCUCACAGCAAAACAUGAAACAGUUUCACAAUGACACUUGCCCCUCACACGGACUGAUAGUUUUCUGAGACAUUUUCAGGAAAAAAAAGUCUGUAAAUUUUGAAGAAAUUAACAAUCUCAUCUGCUGUAUUUACUGACAACAAACAUAGGAUGACAUCUUUCUUCAUAUUUUGCUGUGGAGUCUGCCUCAGUAAAAGUUUUUCAGUUGUCAGUUUUUUUGUUGUCAGAAAUGUAUCAAAAUGACUUUUUUUUCUUUCUGCAGUUAGGAUAGACGUGUCCCGAUGCCAUAAGCAGAAAUGUUGAAAAUUAUUGCUUUGGGGAUCCUUGGAACACAGAUCUGUAAGAAGUCAGCCCCAUCUGUGUCUAUCAGUCCAAAGUGAAGUGGAAAACAUCACAUUAGCAGUGAGACUAUCAACAGAUGGUGCUAUGCAUUCACCUGUCCAAUUGAAAAAAAUGGACAUUUUGUUUGUGGUUUGGAAAAGAAAGAGAGAAAAUCUUUUCAGAUUGCACAUAAAACACAUAAAACAGGGCUACAUGCAAAAGAGCCACUGGGGUCUUUGGAUCUUGUGAAAUCCCUCGGGGUAAAAAGAUCAGAGCUAAUUUGAGAAACUCACAGAUAAAGAUGUUUUUAUAGUGGUUGUAGCAAAAGCUGCUAAACGGUUUAGUCAGGCUGUAAGGAUGAGCCCAUAUUCAUGUCUGCUGUUGGAGAAAUUUGACAAAAGUUACAAGUAAAUUUUGUUUUCUUGUUCCUUUUUCUUUUUUGCUCGCUGUGUAAUGUUCCUUCUGUAAAAACACGGAGCGUUAAUACAGCCCAAAAAAAAGAUCAGCUUUAGCGAAAAAUGCUAUGUUAAUACAAUAACUUAAAAAAAUGUAAUCUCUGCAUACUGUACUUACAAAAAGAAAAAUGUGAGUCCUUUUUCUUAUUUCUGUGUAAUAGAACUGUAAAACGACUUAUUUAUUAAUAACAUGCCUUAUAAUAAAAUAGGAAAAAUACAUCUUCUGCCAGCAAGCCAUGAAAAUGAAACUGCAGUGCAACCAUCUCUCGCCAUACUCUGGACGACACAGCCUAUCAAAAAAUGAAUGACCUGCAUUUUUUUUCUUUUCUUUUGAACAGAAAAAGGACAAAAUGUGAUUCACAUCUGUUCAAAUCUUUUUUCAGGCUCUUCAGCUGCCGCAAUGUAUCUACCUUCUGGUUGCAAAAAGAAAAAAAUAAUCUGCAUGAGAGAUGGAAGACUGCAUGAGCUUUGCCUUUCCAGCUUCUGAUCGACUGUAACCCAGCUGCACCUUUUAAAUGAAGAAACCCUUGCUUUUAUGCACAUCGAGGCCCUGUUCAGAAGUCGAAUUGCUUCCUCUGUCGGAUUUCUUAAAGGCACCUUAGGGGCCUACCGGAUUGUGGAGGUGGCGCAAGGUAUUUGAGCUGUGCUCACCGACUGUGUGUUGUGAUCAGGUUGUGCUGUCUGGACUCUGAAUGUGAGCAACGUCAACAAGGGCUAGUUUCUUAGACUCUCGGACUGAAAUGCUCUUUCAGUUAUCUCAGUCCAGACUGUGAGAAACACGUCCAUCAUGUCUAAACAGGGCCUGUGCCGCCAACAAUCCCCUGUACAGAUUACCAGGCAAGUUUGGAUGCUGGAUUGCUUUCUUGCCUGCAGAUGAGGCAACGGCCUGGACUGAAUGUUGGGAUGUUGUGUACCUCACUUGUUUGUUUUAAAAGUGUGAUGGCACAGAGUUUGUAUUUUCUAUGAAUGCACAUUUGCCAGCUGGUCGGGAAGCUGGAACCUUCUGGAGUAAACUACUGGAGGACUGUUGAACUCUUGCUCUGCUCUUCUGUUCAUCCACAAAUCUAGCCCAACACAUUGUCUAAUGCAGCCAUCAUGUCAUGUUAUGUUAUGUUUUGUCAAGAAUUCUGCUGCAACAUGUUCUGUUUGUCAGAUGAGAAAAAGGCAUGGUCAAAGAUCUAUGCAAGGGUUACUUGUGUUUUCUUUCCUAUAUCACCUAUGACUUCAUUUGACAUUACGUUCAAUAAAUUUUUAAGGAUCG